AUGAUCCAUUAUGUCACUCACAUGGCAAAGAUUGUAUAUAGCAGCACGCGAUCACCUCGAUUGAAGUGUUCUUAUGGCCACACCGUGACCUAAAUUUAUUCCGUGUGAAUCUCCCUGGUGUAUCCAUCUGUUCGACAUGGAAAUCGAUGAACUUGAGGAGAUCAGUCAACAAGACAAUGAUCACCAUAAAGACGACCUCACUAAAGGUGGUGUAGCCACUGCAGUCACUGACCCCGAUAUGAACAAGAGCUUUGUGCAUCAGUUUGGUGUUGAUGAAGAUGCUUAUGAGCAGCCGACGACCUCACGGAAAGAGCUGUGGGCAUAUUAUCUAUACUAUAAUGGUGACAACGGCGUCGGCCCUGGGUCAUACAGUCAAAAUCUCUUCCAAUGGGCCCUGACUAACGCCGGCUACAUCCCCGGCAGCGAACCUCCCCAACCAUGUACCGCCUCUUCGGCCUGCGUGGUCCCUUGGGCCGGCGGCGAGCGCUCGACUAGUUCUGUCGUUCUUAUUGCCAACGGUCUCUGCUUCACCUUCAUGACCGUUAUGUUCGUCUGGCUUGGCAGCGCAGCAGACUAUGGCUCCUUUGGCCGCUACCCGCUUCUCGUCCUCACCGGCAUCUGCUGGGCAGUACAAUAUGGCAUGAUGGCAAUCCGGAACCCAAGCCAGUGGCCGGCUGCCAUGGGCCUGUACAUUAUUGGGUACAUAUCGUAUGGCGCUACGCUGGUUUUCUAUGCAGCUGUCUUUCCUCGGCUCGCGCGAUACAUGCCACAUGUGCGCAAGGCCCGAGACGAGGAUUUGACAGAGGGCAAAAUCUCCCGGGGUGAGUACGACAUGAUUGAAAGUUUGGAAAAGAAUCACAUCAGCAAUAUUUCCACGGCUCACAGCAACAUUGGGUAUCUCCUCACACUGCUCAUUAAUCUCAGUGUGCUGCUUCCGCUCCAGAGUGAAGAAUUUUCCAAUAACCUUGCGCUCUGUCUGACCAAUUCGUAUUGGGUCGUUCUCGGCAUCUGGUGGUUCAUCUUUCAACAGCGCCGCCCCGGCCCCAAACUGCCCAAGGGAUCCAGCUAUUUCACUAUCGGCUUCAAGCAGGUCUGGGGAGCUAUACGUGAAAUCCGCGCACUGCCACAGACCUUUCUGUAUUUUGGCGCUUUCUUCCUUCUUGCCGAUGGUCUCAACACAACCGGUACCCUUGUCUCAAUUAUUCAAAACGAUUUAGUCAAUUUUUCCUUCUUGCAGAUAACGUACCUUGGGAUUGCGCAAGCGUGCUGUUCCAUUGCCUCGACUUUUGGGUUUUGGUACUUCCAAAAGUACUUUAGGGUGAAGACAAAACCGAUGUUCUUGGUCACCAACUUUUUCAGUAUCUUUAUCCCUUUCUGGGGAAUGCUCGGCUUGUGGACGAAUCGUAUAGGCUAUCACAACAUGUGGGAGUUUUACUUUUAUAAUGUCCUAUUUGGCCUGUUCCAGGCUCCUUAUUAUGCGUACUCCCAAACUAUGAUCUCUGAACUGAUCCCUCGCGGCUACGAAAACAUGUUCUUCGCCCUCUUCGGAAUCACCAACCGAGCCUCCUCUAUCAUUGGCCCCAAUGUAGUCCAGGCGAUUAUCAACAACUCACAAAACAAUUGGAUGGGCUUUCCUUUCCUAUUUGCCAUCUGCACGGCGGCGAUGAUCGCGAUUUGUUUUGUGGAUGUGGAAAAGGGCAGAAAAGACGCGCGCAAAUUUCUUGAGGAUAAGCAGAUCGCGCGAGUGGUUGUUGAAAGCGGUCUGCCGAAGGAAGGAGUGGUGGAUCAGAUCGUGGGUCAUACUGCGAAAUAGGGCUAGAAUUAAAGAACGAUGGUUUAGCUGCUAAUAUGAGUGUCAACAUUAAGCUGAGAAGCCCGCCAUUCAACUGAUACGGUUGAAUUGAUCGAAUUUAC